AUGAAACCUCCCCCUGUUCUGACUUUGCUUUGCAUCCUGGUGGCCCUGGCCGGCGGGAACCUGGUGCAGUUCGGGGUGAUGAUCGAGCGGAUGACGGGGAAGCCAGCCCUGCAGUACAACGACUACGGCUGCUACUGCGGCAUCGGUGGCUCCCACUGGCCGGUGGACCAGACCGACUGGUGCUGCCACGCCCACGACUGCUGCUAUGGGCGGCUGGAGAAGCUAGGCUGUGAGCCCAAACUGGAGAAGUACCUCUUCUCUGUCGGCAAGGACAACAUCUUCUGUGCCGGCAGAACCACCUGCCAGAGGCAGACCUGCGAGUGCGACCGGAGGGCUGCACUCUGCUUCCGCCGCCACCUGGGCACCUACAACCGCAAGUACGCCCACUACCCCAACAAGCUGUGCACCGGGCCAACCCCGCCCUGCUGAGGCUGCAGCCCUCCCAGGCCUGGGAGCCCUGGCGCCAAAGGCCCUCCCUCUGGAAAACCCCCUUCCUGCAAAUCCAUCCCUCCCUGUGAGCUCCGGGGCUGUGGUCUAAAGCAUCCCUCACCUCCUAGAGCACCUCUGCUCCUUCAGAAGAGCCCUGGCCCUGAAGUCGCGGCACACUUCAGCUCCUCUGUAGAAGGCCCUGCGACUGUCCCUGGGGUCUCGGCUCCCUCUUCUGAAUAAGGACAGAAUGUUUUCCUAUCGUUCCAUAUCUUCGACUCCCGGAGUCCACCACUCUAGGACUUAUUCGUCUAUAGUCUCAUUCAUUCAUUUUGAGCAUCUACCAUGUGUCACCAACGUGCUAAGGACGGAGUGCAGCGGAAAAAGUCUGACGUGGGUGCAACAAGUCCACCACUCCAUCCUUGCAAUUUUCCAUGGCAGUAAGUUUCUGCAGUUCUUUUUCCUAUAAUCGUAACCAACACAAUAAUGGCAAUUUCCAGAAGAAACAGGCCAUAUGGUUGAAUGUGAGAAGCAUGAAAAUGA